CUGCACUGGAAAGAACAUUGUCAGAAUCUCCUUAGCUGCAACUGCCCCGUAGCUGCUGAGGUCCUCUCACAAAUUCUCAAAAACAAAUUAGAGAUGAGCGUGCAGUAUCUCCAAAACCAUUAACCAAAUGAAAAACAACAAAGACUGUUGUUGCAUGCUCGUCCUCCCGGCGCCAUGUUGGGUGUCAGCGUCCGCCGGUUCGCCACCUCGGCCAUUUGCCGUUCGCAUUAUGAGGAGGGGCCUGGAAAGAACCUCCCUUUUUCUGUGGAAAACAAAUGGCGAUUAUUGGCAAUGAUGGCAGCCUUCUUUGGAAGUGGAUUUGCUGCUCCUUUUAUUGUAAGGCACCAGCUACUCAAGAAGUAAACAUACAUUAAUGGAGUGAAGAUAGAAGUUUAUCUAGAGUACAACUUUUCUGAAAGAAAGCAUACUCCUAAGACUAAUCACACUGGAUGGGUUUGUAAAUAAAAAUUA